AACGGAGGAGCUAGUGUGGAGGAUGACGGCAAGUUUUAAAACUUAAAUGCGCGAAAUAAAAAUUUUAAGGCUCAAGAUGCAGAUUGAUUUAAGUUUUAGGAAUCUUGCUGUAAUCGUCCCGUUCAAAAUUGUAGUGAGUUCACGUGUUCUAUACACGAGCUCAAUAAAUCUAAUUUAUCAGCAUCUUGAAUGAGAACACGCUUAUGCAAAAAAAUUGUCUUCAAGAUAAACAGUUUUCAAUUUUUUGGGACCAGUUAUUCUUAUAUCAUAGAUCUUAAUAAUAUUCACGCAUAAAAUAUUUGAACUCUUAGAAACUAAAGAACAUAAUCUUACUUCAAUGUGAUUUGUUAUAGUGGGCUAAUGAGUCACAUAGAUGAGUUCUUAAUACUAACGUGCAAAAAACUUUGAUGUGGUUUCUGAGGGAAAAUUAUCCAAAAAGUCAUAAUGUACGGACCACGGAGGCUAAUUCAGUCAUUAACUUUUCAAUCUUGCUAAUUUAGUCUUAAAUCUUUUAAUGAUUCGCCAAUUUAGUCAUAAACCUUUCAAUUAUGACAAUUUAGUCCUAAACUUUUUGACGAUUUGCCAAUACAGUCCUUUCGGCCAAAUAUCCAAAUAAUAUGUUUAAGACUAAAUUGACAAAUCUUUGAAAAGUUUAGAAAUAAAUUGACACAAAGAAAGGGUGUACGACUAAAUUGGCAAAUCGUGAAAAGUUUAUUGCUAAAUUGGCAUUAUUGAAAGGUUUAUGAUUAAAUUAGUUGCCAUAUAAUAGGAUUAAAAUUUUUUGAACAAUUAUUCCCGAUUUCUUAUGUUUGGCUCAUGGGUUAUAUUGAUAAGUUCAAGUGACCUGCAGCUGCAUCUUGCAUGACAAUUCACCUUCGCAAGCAUUCCAAUAAAUUACCAAUAUUUAAUUCCACAAACUUUGAAACAAAUGAAUAAAUAAUGUCAAGGAAAUAAUUUCUAGAUUUAGCAAAUUAUUUCAACGACAAUCAAACAAUUUUCAGUUAUUAUCGUGAUUUCUAUUUCUUCCCUUGAGUAUUUCUAUUUUUAUAUCCUUUGUUUCUCUAAAGUAUUCUCAGUCUCUGAAAUCUCUUUUUCUUGCCGCAAUAUUGUGCUGAGAGUCAAGGAACCGUCACGCCCGCAUCCUCCUAUAUUAAAUUACCAAUAUUUACUUAAUUAUUAACAACUUAGUUAGCGUACCAAUAAAUUAUCAAAAUUAUUUCCCCAAGAUAUCAAACGUGUUGAAGUUACCAAUUCUCAUAUGAAAUUACUAGCUUUUUCAUGUUACCAACUAGUUCAAGAUUACCAAUUUUUGUUUUAGCUACUUAUCAAGUUAUCAACAUUCAUUACGUCGUUUCGAAAUUAUCAAAUUCUCCAAUAACAUACCAAUUCUAUUAAAAUUACAAACUAUUUUAUGAUAUUACUCUUUAUUUGAAGUGCUUAUAAACUUUUUUGAUGAAGUUACUAACUAGUUCUUGUUACCUACUCUUACGCGAACCACUUACUGAUGUUUAUUUGAUCGAUCUCAUUCAUAUGCUUGAGCUGUGAUGAAUCAAAAAGUAGUGUUCUCCUUUCUUGGAAGCAUUUUGCAUAUCGUUUAUAUGGCCGACGUGGUGUGACCAAUCCACAUUGUCCACGUGGUGUGCCUCGCAACCAACUACGCAUUAGAAUUUGAAAAUAAUUCUCACACGUCAUGCAUGGCAUUGCCAAGUGGUACCUCCGACGUAUAAAGUUCCUUCUUAUCUUUUAAAGACGACUUAAUUACAAGUUUCUCUUAUUGUGCGGACGUAUUUGGGAUAGAAUCAGGAACAAAAUCAUGUAUUAUGUAGAUGGAGAAUCAGAUUACCUUCCUUUGAACCAACCUAAGUUUGAGAUUUUUCUUUUCCUCAGCAGUAUCUUAUUUAUAUCCAUGUUUUUCCUUAUUCAGUAAUUUUUCUCAAGUUUUUGGCCGUCUUUUGCUUAUUUAACCAACCGCUACCACAAACAUAUAUCAAGUUUUUGCUUCACCAAAGUCCCCCAAGUUUUCUCACAAGUUUUGUCUAAUUGCAAGGCCAGUGAAAGUGACUGGCACUGUUUCUUGCUCCUGUCCUCUUUAAUUCCUGGCAAUCUGUCUCCCGGUCCACAGGUACCAUGGAUUCGCUCUCCGGUAUCUUUCCAUCCAAUGUUAUCGUUGAAAUCCUCGCUUGCUUACCAGCCCGGCCUCUCGUCCGGUGUCGGUGCGUCUCCAAGUCAUGGCGUUCGCUCUUGUCUGAGCCGUACUUCGUGACGAAGUGGUUGAAUCGCGGUGGGACUUCCCUCCUGGUGGUCCCAUUGGAAUGGGAAAAUCGCGACAAGUGCUCUUUAGUGUUCGAAAGCGUGUCCAUCGGGAAGGAGAAUUUGACGCUGCCAUUGAGGAACAGAUUGUUUUCAUUAUCCGUGGUUGGUUCGUCCGGUGAUAGUGCUCUAAUUUGCUUGACUGGGCUUUCUUAUGUACGCCGUAGUGCGAGCAAGCUAGCCGUUAUCCUGUGGAACCCGUUCACGGGCGAAGUCAAGGCUCUUGGCAACGAGGGUUUCAUCUAUUGCCACCAUAGGCCCCUUUGCUCCGAAUCUCUAAUUCAGGGUUACAGUUCGGGAUGUUGCAAUCAAUAUCAUGUCCACGGUUUCGGGUACGAGCCAAAUGCCCGGGACUACAAGGUCGUGAGGAUUACUUAUUCGCGGGGCAUUGCGAGGCCAGGUGAUUCUCUGAUAAGACCAUGGCAUGUCGAGGUUUAUAGCCUACGCAAGGACACAUGGACAAGCCUGGGCAGGACCUUUUUCAAGCGGAUGAUUCGAGGCAAUUCGCGGGCAUUUGUUAACGGGUCCGUGCAUUGGCUCACAUCGCCUACAGAGGAUGCACCUUAUGACUCAAUCGUGGCCUUCGGCAUGGAGGAGGAAUCAUUUGGAGAAGUCAUCGAGCUGCCCCGAUUGGAAAGUCUCUCGCAAUUCUCUCUGAACCCGAGAGGCAAGGCGACGCUCUCAGUGUCGUGCGGUUCACUGGCUCUGAUUGCUUUCGGCAUAUGGAACAGAGAGGAAUGCGGCAUUUGGGUGAUGAAGGAGUACGGCGUGGCCGAGUCUUGGACCAAGCAACAUCACAUUGUGCUACCGAUUGGGUCGACGGUUCGAGGUGCCUUGGGACUUACCGGGCAUGGCAAGAUUUUGCUUCGCAUGAUUGAUGAGAAGUUGGUGUGUUGUGAUGUGGAGGAUAUGCAGAUCAGUGAAAUCGGAAUCCAGGGAGGCAGCCCGGAGUCGUCUUUUGAUGUUAUUGAUUUGGGAGGAGGGGAUCCUACUCUCAGGAACCAAGCGGGUCGAGGUUCACCGUUGACCGUGCUCAACCUCCAAUGAGAAUUGGGUUGCGCAAUAGUUACAUAAAUUUAUUUAUGCUUUUCAAAAAUAGAUAAUCAUCUAUUAUUUUUGUAGUUUUGAUGUUAUACGCAUUUUGUUAAAUGAACAAAUUUAAACUUUCAGAACUCAAAUGUUAGAUUGAUACAAAUUUUAGGACUUCUGCUAUAAUUGUUCCGUUCAAAAUUGUGGCGAGUUUAUGUGUUACAUAGAUAAUCUCAAGAAAUCCAAUGUAUCGGCAUCUUGCAUGAGAAUAGCCCUAUGCAAUUAAA